AUGGAUUCUGUUUUAUCAUCGCAAGAGCUCAAUCAGUUGAAGUCAUACUUCGUGCUUCUCGACACGGAUCAGGACGGUUAUAUUGAUAAAUCAAAUGCCAUUCUGAUUAUUCGUGGUGUUGGCAUUUCUGGAUUGGAUUCCGUAUUUGAAAGCGUGAUUCAAAGCAUUACCACUGAAGCUUUGUCUUUUGAGGAUGUCUUGAACGUGGCGAUCUCAAUGAAGAGAUCGCAGGUCGAUGAUUAUGAUAGUAUUAUUCAGGUAUUCAAAAUGUUCGACAAGAACCAAGACGGCACUGUCCUUGCAUCGGAUCUCAGACACAUUCUGUCUCAUUUAGGAGAAGUGAUUCCGGAGGAUGAGAUUGAUGCCUUAUUCCAUGCUCUAGGUUAUGGUGAUGUGAUUAAAUACGAAGACUUCGCGAAACAAUUAAUGAACAAGAGUUAA